AAUAUCCGCGUGCGAGAAAUUCGCGCAGAUCGAACCGGCUCCGAGAUUUUUAUUGAGGAGCUUGGCUCGCGAUUGUAAUCCAGAAUGGUAUUUCUGUCCAGGCUGUUGAGGGCCGACAUUUGUAAACAGAGUCUCCUGUCGCUCAGAAAGUCCACGGGGCAUUCUUUCCAACAUUGUAAAAAGGCCCUGGAGCAUUCAAACAACGACAUCAAUGAGGCGGUGAAAUGGUUAGAAUCCGAAGCAGUCAAACAAGGUUGGACCAAACUCGAGAGAGCUGCCGCGCGCGCGACGAAGGAAGGUGUCUUCGGUGUGGCACGCAUCGAGAACGUAGCAGCGGUCACGGAAGUCAACUGCGAGACAGAUUUUGUCGCGCGAAACUCCGAACUGCGUGGUUUCGCCGCUCGAGUCUCGGAGGGUCUUUGCGGAGAGUUCGCGGAGAAAGCCCCUAUCGGCCUGAAACAAAUUUCUUGGGAGGAAAUUUCGCAGUUGAUUCUCGGAGAGCAGAGUAUCGAAGAGAGCCGAGCGAGACUCGUCGCAAAGUUAGGCGAAAACUUGAAUGUACGUCGGUCCUUGGUGGUAUCUCCGCCUGACGGCGAGAAAGUCGCCGUGAGCUGCCAUCCCGACGGCACGUUUGGGAGGUAUGGCGCCGCUAUCUUCUAUAAAGGUGGCAACGCGGAAAUCGCUGAGAAAUUGUGCCGUCAUAUUAUCGGAAUGAGACCGAUUGCCAUCGGGACAGAAGAAGAUUUGGCGAGAGCGAAGAAAGCUCGAGAUGCGUACAAAGGUCAGGCCAAAGAGGCUGCGAGUGACAAGCAAGACGCUGCCGCUAGCGGCACGGAGGGACCUGGCGGAGAAGGAGAAGAAGAAGCCGAAGAAGAAGCUCCCGAAAGCGUCGAUGAAGAUUUGCUGCUGCUCCAGAAUUACGUUUUCGAUCAAGAUCUGAAAGUGGCAGAUAUUCUCCGGGAACACGACAUGGAAAUAAUGAAAUUCUGGAGAUUCGAGUGCGGUGAUGAGCUAAUGGAGAGCAAAGCUCGGGAAUAAUCGUCAUCCGCCCUAAGGACUAGUAACUUUAAGCUUAAUCAUCUGAUUCAUUAUUGGAGCGAAUAAAAAACUCUUAAACGAAAACCGGA